AUGGCCAGUACACAAACGUCAGUCAUAGCAGAAGAGAAGGGGCGCUUGUCUAUACCAGACAAGCUUUUACAUGGAUUGGAUCCCGAAUGGGUAGAACUAUGGGAAAAGCAUGGCAGCUCUAUGGUGAGAGCCGACGAGCUAUGUCUCGAAGAAUAUCGCAAGAGCCCCGCUACGUAUAGCUUCACCUACCCUACAUGCCCUGGUCCGCCCGUUUUCCAUGUUGAGGAUAUGGAGAUCCCAGUGUCUCAGCCAGCUGGAAAGAUCCUGAUCAGGGUCUAUACGCCAGAAGGUUCAGGGCCAUUCCCUGUUCAUCUAAACUUCCAUGGAGGUGGAUGGGUCCUUGGCAAUCUCAACUCUGAAGCUGCUUGGUGCCGGCACAUGUGCAACAAAGCCCAAAUUAAAGUGAUCGAUGUCGACUACCGACUUGCUCCGGAGUUUCCCUAUCCUACCAGUAUCUACGACUCUUGGGAUGCUGUGAAAUGGACAAUAGAAAAUGCUUCUAGUCUCAACAUUAAUCCAUCGAGUGUUUCUAUCGGAGGUCUCUCAGCUGGAGGUCAAAUGACGGCAGUAAUGGCGCAUUUCGCCCGUGACGAGGGCAUCGAUCUGAAACUUCAAUUGAUCAUAGUUCCGGCGACAGACAUGCGUUACUGUCUAAGAACCCGGGAGCUGAAUGAGACCACUUGUCCCUACAGAAGUGUCUUGCUAUACCACGAUGCUCCUUGGGGACCACUAGGCAGAGAGCAAUGGUUCCUGAAGUAUUGGCUUGGCGAUGAUGACGCUACCCAAGAAAGAAUAUUGACAAAAGAGUGGAUCUGCACACCUGUGCUUGCUCCUUCAUUCAAAAACCUUGCGAGGGCACACAUCAUCACAGCAGAGUUUGAUCUUGAGCGAGAUGAAGGGGAGUAUUAUGGGCACCUUAUGCAAGAGGCUGGAAACGAGGUCACAAUGAAGAGAUAUCCAGGCGUGCCACAUGCUUUUGGGCACUUCAAUCACCCUGAAAGAGGACUCUCACAGAGCUUUGUGUAUAUUGAAGAUACCAGUCGAAUCCUUUGGCAGGUACACUUCGGCAAGAAUGAAAAGUAA